AUGUCAAUCCCAAAUAUUCCAGCUCCCAACACCUCCUACUUUACACCGGCGCAGAUACCCCCGUCGGGAACAGCGGUACUCAUUAACGAGCAGUCUAAGCCUAUUCCAAAGCUAUUCCAGCCUAUCAAGAUUCGCGGGGUUGAAUUUCACAACCGAAUCUUCGUAUCGCCCAUGUGUCAGUACUCAGCAGAAGACGGCCGUCUGACAGCUUGGCAUAUGGCUCACCUUGGUGGAAUCUUCACCCGUGGACCUGGGCUUACCUUCGUGGAGGCGACCGCAGUUACUCCUCAGGGACGUAUUACACCGGAGGAUUCUGGCCUCUGGACUGACGAUCAGAUUCCCGCGUUGCGGGAAAUCGUCGAGUUCGCGCACUCUCAGGGCGUCAAAAUUGGAAUCCAACUAGCACAUGCCGGACGGAAGGCUUCGACUGUCGCUCCCUGGCUCGACUUCCAUGCAACAGCCGCCGUAGAGCAUGGCGGCUGGCCUGAGGAUGUGUGGGCACCAUCACCAAUCCGUUACAAUGAUGCACUUCCGCAGCCGAACGAGCUCUCAAAGGGAGGGAUAAAAGAAAUUGUCCGCGCUUUCGUUGACGCGACGAAACGUUCCCUCAAGGCCGGGUUCGAUGUUAUAGAAAUCCACAAUGCGCAUGGUUACCUUCUUCAUGAAUUCCUUAGCCCCGUUUCCAACAAGCGCACGGAUGAGUAUGGAGGUUCGUUCGAGAACCGUACCAGAUUAACUCUGGAAGUCGUUGAUGCAGUCCGAGGCAUAAUACCCAAAGAUAUGCCUCUUUUCCUCCGUAUUUCCGCGACCGACUGGCUUGAAGAAUCUCUUCCAAAUGAACCUUCCUGGCGACUCGAAGACACCGUCAAGCUUGCAGGUAUCCUUGCAGCUCACGGAGUGGACCUUCUAGACGUGUCGAGCGCCGCCUUGCACCCUGCUCAACGUAUCCCGAACCCAGGCCCAACCGGUUUCAAGGCUUAUCAAGCACCGCUUUCCGAAGCUGUAAAAAAGGCUCAUGGUAUCGACACUCCGACUAGUCUGCAUGUCGGAGCGGUUGGAUCCAUCUCAACCGGCCCUCUUGCAGAAGAGAUCCUCCAACGAGGAAUGAGCGACGUCAUCUUUGUUGGAAGGCAGUUCCAGAAGGAUCCGGCAAGUGUCCUGACGUUCGCUGAACAGCUUGGCACACGGAUCAAGGUAGCAAACCAAAUUGAAUGGGGUCUAGGACUCGGAGUGACUGGACGUGGUCGUAAGGCGCCUCUGGCGACGAAAAAUUAA